AUGAAGGUUUCUGGCAUCCUUGCCAUCGCUGUGAAUCCGGAUGCGAAGGAGUUUCCGUUAAGUCUUGAUACUGAGGAGCCACUUCCGUACACGCACAAAGUCGCUGUCGAAAGCGCGAUCAAUCCUCAACUCCGCACUAUCCGAUCCUACAACUUGGUUAAAGGACGGAUAUCUGCGCCCACGCGACGCGAACACAUUGCGAGGGGUAUUCGUUCGAUUGCAGCGGAUGUGUUUGCUGAAGCUGCCGCUGGACAUGGGGCUGUAGCUGUACCUGAAACCGGAGCUGGAGGUGCUCCUCGGGAUGAACUUGUUCAUGAGGUUCAGACUGAACAUGAAGCUGGUGGUGACCGUGGACAUGGCUCUGGGCAUGGAGCUGGUGGUGGCCGUGGGACUGACCGUGGUGAUGAGUCUCGACGUGGAGCUGGUAGUGGUCAUGGGGCUGGACGUGCUGAUGAGUCUGGCCGUGGAGCUGAACGCGGAGAUAAGCCUGGAGGUGGAGAUAGAGGGGGAUGUGGAGUUGGGCGUGGAGGAGUUGAGCAUGGAGCAGGACGUGAAGAUGGGGUUCGACGUGGAUCUGGACCAGGACGUGAAUCUGAACGUGGACGUGGAUCUGGGUCUAACGCGGGAUCUGGUGGUGAAUGUGAAGUUAGGGAUGGAUCUGAAGCUGGUUCAGGAGCUGUUCCAGUCUGGAUACCACCCGUCCAAAUUUACGAUUCCCCGGACGAUGCAAAAGAUCUGAUGAAUGUUUUUGCUAGAGUGCACGGCUACGCAUUGGUGAAGGCAGACCGCAGAAAUAUCGUAAGAAGCAACUGUACCGAGUAA